GGCUCGCGGCGGCAGCGGGCAUUACUGCUGGAGGUGUAAUGGAUGUUAACACCGCCCUCCAAGAAGUGCUGAAGACCGCACUUAUCCAUGAUGGCCUCGCUCGUGGUAUUCGUGAAGCAGCCAAAGCCUUGGACAAGCGCCAAGCCCAUCUCUGUGUCCUGGCUUCAAAUUGUGAUGAGCCCAUGUAUGUAAAGCUAGUUGAAGCACUUUGUGCAGAACACCAGAUCAACCUGAUAAAGGUUGAUGACAACAAAAAGCUGGGUGAAUGGGUAGGACUCUGCAAGAUCGACAGAGAAGGGAAACCUCGCAAAGUUGUGGGCUGCAGUUGUGUGGUUGUCAAAGAUUAUGGCAAGGAAUCUCAGGCCAAAGAUGUCAUCGAAGAGUACUUCAAGUGCAAGAAAUGAAAAAUAAAUUUUGAGCCUGAUGAGUGUGUGUGCGUGUGAUUAAUGGGUGGGUGCUGGUGGGGUUAUUCUUGUUAUUGCAAAGGAUAACAGCAGAUCUAAGGACUUUAAAGGUCUUGGAGUAGUUUCUCAAUAUUUGAAUUCUGUUUCUUAAAAAGGUAAUGGGAAUCCUUGCAGUUCUUAUUCCUUGAUGCUCCUUUUCCUGUUUGUACCACGGUUUGCAACUUGGGGAACUUCACACAGCUUCUGAAUUGCAGAAAUGCUGAUAGUUGAUUAUGGUCUUUGCUAGCACCUAGUUUGGCAGCGUGUAGGCCUGUACUUGUACAGCAUUUCCAGAGUAACUUGUCUGGGAAAGUCUGAAGUAACUGCUGCAUCUGUGAUGAAAAUUUGGCUCCCUCUACUGAAACAAAUGAGGAGAACUGCCUUAAUCGUUACCCAAAUCUUCUGAGAUGUUGCAGAAAUUCUUCAAAUAAAUCUUAAUUUGUUCAGGAGACUAA